UAGCAAAACUCUUUUCAUAUUUGACUGUCUGGCCUCCUCGUUGGUGUUAAUUUCCUUUGUACACAUAUGCUUUGGAAUCCACAAACCAAAACAAUCUUCUCAUGCAUUUUCAACCGAAAACAAAGAUUUAUGAAUACGUUUUCAGAUUAUUGGUAUUAAUUCAAAAAAGUUAAGAAAAUAUGUCAGCGGUAGCUGCGAUCCAUCCCGAUCUCGGAAGGGGAAUGGUUACCGGAGCUAAGCAUAGGCGCGCCUAUGACCUUGUUGAAGAGAUGUGCUAUCUCUAUGUACGCGUGAUGAAGGCCAAAGACUUGCCCGGAAAAGAUGUCAGCGGUAGUUUUGGUCCUUGUGUGGAGGUAAAGCUUGGAAACUACAAGGAUACAACUCGUCAUCUUGCGAAGAAGUCGAAUCCCGAGUGGAACCAGGUGUUUGCAUUCGGAAGUGACCGGAUUCAGUCCUCGGUGCUUGAAAUUACUGCGAAGGAUACAAAUUGUACGACGGACGAUUUUAUGGGUCGGGUUAUUUUUAAUACUAAGGAGGUUCCUAAACGGGUUCCCCAGGACAGUCCAUCGGCGCUUCAGUGGUAUGGAUUGGAGGAUAGGAAGGGAGAGAGGGUUGAGGGGGAGCUGAUGUUGGCUGUUUGGAUGGGCACACAAGCUGAUGAAGCGUUUCCGGAAGCAUGGGAUUCAGACUGGGCGGGAGUUAGUGGGAAUGAUGUUCUUAGUAGUCUUCGGUCGAAGGUAUACCACUCCCCUAAGAUUUUGUAUUUGAGGGUCAAUGUAAUUGAAGCUCUAGACUUGCAGCCGAGUGAUAACGGUAGGCUCCCAGAGCUGUUUGUCAAGGCUAUUCUGGGAAAUCAGGUAUUAAAAACCAGAACUGUUAGCAGAACUAUGAGUCCUAUCUGGAAUGAAGAUUUAGUGUUUGUAGCAGCGGAGCCAUUGGAGGAGCCCUUAAUUUUGAGAGUCGAAGACAGACUUUCCCCGAACAAGGAUGAGCUUUUGGGGAGGUGCGUAAUUCCCGUGCAGGAUGUUCAUAUGAGGUUGGAUCAUAAACCCGUCGACACUAGGUGGUAUAAUCUCGAAAAGCAAGAAGGGGAGCAGAAGAAGGAAACCAAAUUUUCUAGCAGGAUUUGUAUGAGGAUCUGCUUGGAAGGUGGUUAUCAUGUCCUGGACGACUCAACGCACUAUAUGAGUGACCUUCGCCCGGCAGCAGAACAGUUGUGGAAGCCCAGCAUUGGGGUACUGGAACUUGGGAUUCUAUAUGCUCGGGGGCUGAUGCCGAUGAAGGCAAAAGAUGGGCGCGGAACGACUGACGCUUAUUGUGUGGCAAAAUAUGGUCACAAGUGGGUCAGGACAAGGACGAUCAUCGAUAGCUUCACACCCAGGUGGAAUGAACAAUAUACGUGGGAGGUAUACGAUCCUUGUACAGUCGUGACAAUUGGGGUGUUUGAUAACUGUCAUUUGCAUGGAGGAGAUGAUAAGUAUGGAAGGGCAACGGAUUCAAGAAUUGGGAAGGUAAGGAUACGCAUUUCGACCCUUGAAACAGGUCGGGUUUAUAAACACGAGUAUCCCCUAAUGGCUUUACACCCCAGUGGACUGACGAAGAUGGGUGAAAUUCAUUUGGCUGUGAGGUUCACUUGUUCCUCAUUGCUUAAUAUGAUGCUCAUGUAUUCACAUCCACUUUUGCCUAAAAUGCACUAUCUCCGUCCAUUUACCGUUUCGCAGUUUGAUUACUUGAGAUAUCAUGCAGCUCAAGUUGUAUUCAUGAGGUUGAGCGGGGCUGAGCCACCGCUAAAGAAAGAGGUGGUGGAGUACAUGUUGGAAACGGGCUCCCACAUGUGGAGUAUGAGAAGGAUCAAUACAAAUUUUUCCAGGCUUUGGGGUAAUUUGCAUGAGUUAUUUGAUUUUAUCAAAUGGUUUGAUCAGAUUUGCAACUGGGAAAAACCCGUCACAACUGUGUUUGUCCACAUCUUUUUUAUAAUCCUGGUAAUGCACCCGGAGCUAAUCUUACCCGCAUUUCUCCUAUACCUUUUCUUCAUUAUGCUUCGGUACCGUAUAGGGAGGCCAGGACAUCCUCCUGAACUGGACAAUCACAUUUUACAUGAGGAUCCCGACGUCUUAGAUGAAGAAUUUGAUACAUUUCCAACUUCCCGGCCUUCGGGCAUUGUAAGGAUGAGGUAUGAUCGGUUGAGAAAUACUGCUGGGGAGAUUCAGAAUAUGGUUGGUAACUGGGCUAUUCAUGGGGAGAGGCUACAAUCGUUGCUCAACUGGCGCGAUCCAAGAGCGACAUCUCUGUUUGCGAUUUUCUGUCUGUCUGCUGCCAUUAUUCUUCAUAUCACACCAUUCCGAGUUGUGGCUCUUCUCGCAGGGUUUUAUAUGUUGAGGCAUCCAAUGUUUCAUGAUAAGCUUCCUUCUUUUUCAGUACUAUUGAAUUUCUUCGGGAGGUUGCCGUCAAGAACAGACUUCUUGUUGUGAGCAAAUUAAGCUAGUUUUAUCUACAAAUAGUUUUAAGUUACUUCCUUCGUAUUACGUUAGCAGAGAAGAUGCGGAAACAAAUUAUGGAGAUUGUUGGCUGAUUGCAAUGUUUGGCAGCUGAUGUUGGGUUCUGUGUGUAACCCCUCUUUUGGGCGAUUUCGGCUCGUUUACGGUAUUUCUGUUUGAAGCCUGAAUUUAUGGUAAUGGGUCUCUGUUCUACUAAAAUUGUAUAUAUUGUGAAUUAGGCUAUCUCUAUGCGCCUUUAGAUUUUGGCAUUUUGCGUUGGAGUUGGUUCUUUUUCUUUAAAAUCGAUGGAAAAGCAUAUGAUGUUUCGAGAUGUAUCUGUCCUCAAUAUUAAUAUUUGCUCGCGAUGGUUGAUAUGAAUA